ACUAGCCUGUCAUUCUGGAAACAUGGCCGCACACUCAAUAAGCACAUCUAUUUUGUCCUUAGGUCGAAUAAAUGGCCCAAUCAUUAGUCAAUGGGCAAUCAAUGGACAUAGAUUGAACAGGGUCACAUAUGCGACGGCGGUCUCGACCAACAAUUCUCGUGCAAAUAGAGGCUUUCCUGAUAGAGACAACCGAGGACUUUCAAGGAAACCUAGAAGAGAGGCAGGUGAACCGAGAACAGAAAAGAUGGCGAUGGACCAGGACUGGACGGCGGUGUAUCCGUCUGCCACCCCGUUCAGACAUGGCUCAGUGCCCCUGCCCGUGCGCAUGGGCUACCCUGUGAACAAGGGGGUGCCCCCGGAGAAGAUCGGCAACCUGGAGCUCCUCAAGAUCCCAAACUUUUUGCAUUUGACGCCUGCAGCCAUAAAGAAACACUGUGAAGCUCUGAAAGUCUUCUGUACAGAGUGGCCCUCUGCCCUGGACUCAGAUGCUGCAUGCAAUGAGGACUUCCCCAUCAAAGUGGACACCAAGACCUUUGUGUCUGCAGGCCUCUCUCUCCGGAACCCUUCCGCUCGCAUCGUCUCUCUGUCUGCGAAGCUGUCCAGUCUGAAUUUGGAUGACCACGCACGGAAGAAGAUGGUCAAGCUUUUGGGCGACCGGUACUGUAAGAAGACAGACACUCUGACCAUCGUCACCGACAGCUGCCCACUGAGACAGCAGAAUGAUGACUAUGCACAUUACCUCCUGACUGUCCUAUACCACGAAUCAUGGAAAACGGAAGGCUGGGAGGCGGAGAAGACGGCGGCCGACAUGGAGCAGUACAGCUGGGACGACAGCCCGUCUCAGACCAGCCUGCUGGACACCCUGGUCCGCAUGCAGGCCCCGAGGGAGGCAGAGGAGGGGGGCGAGGAGGGGGCCGUCAGAGAGGAGAUCCUGGGGAGGAGCGAGGUGCAGGAGUACCGGGAAGCCGUCACCAGGCUGAAGAACGAGGGGGAGAGCGAGAGCAGCAUGUUCCAGUACAGAGAGGCUGUGAAGAAACUGCUCAACAUCUGACGCUUUCCACUGUGUAGCAUACCACAUACACAGGAAGCAGCUGGGAGACAUGGCAUUUGAACAUCGCUGUAAAGCCAUCAGAUUGACUCCUAUUGAUUCUAGUUGAGCAUGUGGAUGUCAUCAGAUCACUUGUAAAUGGCCAGAAUAUGACAGCUAUCCUUGUCCUGUACAAUAUUGAGAGGUUCUCACACCAGUAGAUAUCAAUGGAUCCAUUUCACAGUCCUACAGUGAAACAUUUAUAUAAAGAAUAAACUUUUGUUGUUGUUGAA